GAACACGGUAGACUAUGUUGACAAGGGGGCAGGGCUGUGGCUAUUCCCCUGGGAACUGAUUUGAACUUGCUUCUAGAGGGGGUGGAGCCUAAAGAAGGGGUGUGGCUGGAAGAAAAUUCUGGGAUUGAGUCUUUUGUGAAGUUGAAUAAUUGUGGGGUGGGUGGGGCUUCAGGAAAUUCCCCUGGGAGACCAUUAUGUUUCUGUGUUGGAAGGAGGGGGGCUUGGGAAUUCUAAAGGAAAGUCCUCCACUUUCACCUUGGUGCCUGUCUUUGCCCAGCUGAGCAACUUCCAGAGCCUCCUUCCAGCUGUCGGUUCCGCCUUCCUCAUUGCCACCCGUGCCCAGAGCUCGUGCUGCAGCCAUGUCACUCCUGGCGACCCUGGGGCUGGAGCUGGACAGGGCCCUGCUCCCAGCUAGCGGUCUGGGCUGGCUCGUAGACUAUGGGAAACUCCCCCUGGCCCCUGCCCCCCUGGGCUCCUAUGAAAUCCUUGGGGGAGCCCUGGAGGGCGGGCUCCCAGGGGGAGGAGAGCCCCUGGCAGGUGACGGCUUCUCUGACUGGAUGACUGAGCGGGUGGACUUUACCGCCCUCCUGCCCCUGGAGCCCCCCUUGCCCCCAGGUGCCCUCCCCCCACCUUCCCCUCCCCCACCUGACCUGGAAGCCAUGGCCUCUCUCCUCAAGAAGGAGCUGGAGCAGAUGGAAGACUUCUUCCUGGACGCUCCACUCCUCCCACCGUCCUCCCCACUGCCUCAGCCGCCGCCCGCAGGGCCCUCCCUCCCCCUCCCCCUUCCCCUCCCCACCUUUGACCUCCCCCAGCCCCCUGCUCUGGAUACCCUUGACUUGCUGGCCAUCUACUGCCGCAGUGAGGCGGGGCCGGGAGACUCGGGGUCGGCAUCCCUGCCCCCACCGCAGCAGCCCCCCCCUCCUCCACCUCCGCCCGCUCGCCCCGCCCCCUACCCUAAUCCUGCCACCACCCGAGGGGACCGCAAGCAAAAGAAGAGAGACCAGAACAAGUCAGCAGCUCUGAGGUACCGCCAGAGGAAGCGGGCUGAGGGCGAGGCCCUGGAGGGCGAGUGUCAGGGGCUGGAGGCUCGAAACCGGGAGCUGAGGGAGAGGGCUGAGUCGGUGGAGCGCGAGAUCCAGUACGUCAAGGAUCUGCUCAUUGAGGUGUAUAAGGCUCGGAGCCAGAGGACCCGGAACAGCUAGAGGGGCUUCAGACUGUAGGGGGCGCUGGUCUUCAGCGCUGGCUCGCCUCUGUUGCCGGGGCUGAGGGAGGAGGGUCCCUCCGCCAUCCCCCCCUUUCUGUCCGACUCGCUCCCGCUCGCCUUUUAUCUUUGACUCCUCUCUCAUCCGAUUCUGAAUUUGCCCCCUUUCUCCCGCCCAGAACAGCUGAGGGGGGGUUGCAGACACUUUGGGGAGCAGGGAGAGCUUGCAAACCCAGCCUGUCCAACAGGGAAGCGAGGCCAGGAAGCUAUGCAGAAUGAAUGUGGAGCAAACGGGAGCCAGCUGGGGACUGAGUCAGGGAGAGCUUUAAGAACGGCCCCUGAAUAAUGAUGGAACCAAAAGAAGCGAGCCAAGUGACCUUGGGGAUAGAAAUUUGGGCGGGAAGCCAAAAGGUGGCCAAGUUCACAGAGCAGGUGAAUAUGCAGGUAGAUGGGCUGGGGGGCGGGGGCGGGGGGGACGGCCAUAGUUGGGACUGGGUGUUCAUUUUAGCUCUGGGAGGAAAUCAGUGUUUUGUGAAGGUGUUGGGGGGAAGGGCUGCAUUUAGGUGAGGGAGGGCCAGGGACUGAUCCCUUCGGUGGUUUGUGAGCUGAAAUAAAAUGAAGAAUUUUC